AUGGCUUCGUUUCUACCCAAGAUCAUUCCCUUGCUUCUCGCUACAGCUGCGAGCGCUGCCCAGUACGAGCAGUACAUCCUAGCUCCAUCUUCUCGAUCGUUGCACCCCGUCUCGGUGUACAACGUCAAUGGCACGGUCAACGGUGCUGCCAGCUUGACCGGCGAUGCUAUUGGAAGCGCUACCUUCGACGGUGUGUCCGCUGUGACAUAUGACUUCGGCAAGAAUAUCGCAGGCCUUGCCUCGCUCCAAAUCGGCAAUGUGGAUGAGGACGAGUACAUCGGCAUCUCGUUCACCGAGUCCUCACUUUGGAUCUCCGGCGAAGGCUGCGAUGCCACAGCAGACGCCGGUAUUGAUGAGGCGCUGUGGUUCCACGUAACCGACUCUGGCACCUAUACACCCGACCGGAAGCACGAACGGGGUGCUUUCAGAUACCUGAACGUCCUCCACAACACAACCGGCAGCAUCGAGGUCCAGCAGCUCACUGUUGAGUUCACGUUAGCAUAUCCAAUUUUCAUCGUCAUAGAAAUGAAUGCUGACUUGAAGUGCUUCAGUCCCAUGCCCCACUGGGAAGACGACGCCCUGCGAGACUACACAGGCUGGUUCCACUGCGAUGACGAGCUGAUCAACCGCGUCUGGUACGCCGGAGCAUACACGAACCAGAUCUGCACCAUCAACCCUGAGUACGGCAACGCGCUCGUCCAUCUCGGGGAAAUCGAGUCGACCCAGAAGGGCGACGGCUUUGGUCCUGACACCUGGUGGAGCAACACCACGAUCACCAAUGGCAGCAGUGCUCUGGUAGAUGGUGCGAAGCGAGACCGGCUUGUGUGGGCAGGUGAUAUGGCUAUUGCGGUGCCGGCUAUUACGGUGGCGACGUACGAUUUGAUUUCGAUUGCGAAUGCUUUGGAUUCGUUGUUUGGACUGCAGAAGGCGAAUGGCCAGCUGCCGUAUGCUGGUGUUGGCUUUCGUCCGACGUAUUCUGCGACUUAUCACCUGUACUCUCUGAUCGGAGUAGCUGACUACUACCUCUACUCUGGAGACCUGGAAUACCUCCAAGGCAAGUGGGAUUCAUGGAAGCUCGGCCUUACCUUCUCGCUCUCCUUCAUCGACGACAGCGGCAUGAUGAACGUCACCAGCUCGAACGACUGGCUCCGCUUCGGCAUGGGAGGCCACAAUAUCGAAGCCAACUCGAUCUUCUACUACACCAUCAAUCAGGGUAUUAUGCUCGGCGAGGUUCUGGGCGAGAACAGUACUCUGAUCGACUCCUGGGCUAGCAAAGCCGCGACUAUCAAGUCUUCGGCGAACAACCUGCUGUGGGACGGUUCGGUAGGCCUGUACCGGGACAACGAGACAACCACUCUCCAUCCACAAGAUGGCAACAGCUGGGCCGUCGUGGCUGGUGUAGCGGACACCUCAGCCAAAAUGACGAGUAUCUCUGAAGGCCUCGCCGCCCGAUGGGGCCCAUACGGCGCUCCUGCUGUUGAAGCCGCGGAUGCUGUAUCCCCGUUCAUCUCUGGGUUUGAGCUGCAGAUGCAUCUCCUUGCCGGCAAUGCCAGCGCUGCUCUCGACCUCAUGAGGCUGCAGUGGGGUUUCAUGCUGGAUGAUCCGCGCAUGACCAACUCAACGUUCAUCGAGGGGUACUCAUCGGAUGGUAGGCUGCACUAUGCGCCGUACACGAAUGACCCGCGAGUCUCGCAUGCGCAUGGUUGGGCUACCGGACCGACGUCGACGUUGACUUUUCACUUCGCCGGUAUCAAGCUGUUGAGCGCUGGCGGGAAGACGUGGGAGAUCUCGCCAACGCUAGGAGGUCUGGAGAAUGUUGAUGCUGGCUUCUCCACCAAUCUGGGGGAGUUCUCUUCGCAGGUCACGGCGGCGGACGAUGGGUCGGUCGGCAGCUUGCAAUUCACGACGCCGUCUGGGACGAUGGGCAGUGUCAGGAUUCCAGGCGUCAGCGGGUCGCUGACCAGUUCGAACGGCACGUCGGUGUCGCUUGUCGGAGGCAUGGCGAGGAAUGUGACAGGCGGGGCUUGGACUCUGCAGCGGAACUCUGUCCCUCAGGCGGCAGAAGGCAAGGCCGCGAACAGCCUGCCGGUGUCGGCACUGACCUUGGUGGCUGGUCUGAUAGCUUUGCUGUGGUAG